GAGGGAGAGAGAGUCAAUAAAAGAAGGCAAAGAACAGACACAAAGUCCCAAUUCGAGAGAGAGAGAGAGAGAGAGACUUGGACAAUGCAAAGGUGUUGAUUUUUAUUUGAAAUAUACCUGCAGAAAAAGCUCACCGCAAUGCUGGAUGUUCUGUCGGCCGCCGUGUGUUUGGGACUGUUUAAAAACAUUCUCAAUUUCUCCACCUUGCCCAAAUUCACCAGCCCUGUUAAUUCAUUCGCAAACUACUGUGGCAUCCUGGUGGUGUUCACAGACUUCAGUGUGACAGCGUUCCUCGUCCUGUUCUGGCUGUUAUCCCCCAUCCUGUCCAAUAUAACCACACGCUCCGACAUCAUCACUCUGCGCUUCCUGUCCUUCCUGAGCCACACCUACGCAACCCUGCUGCUGCUGGCCGUGCCCCUCGUUGUCACGGAGACGCUGUGCCGCCUCGUCUGGCCACACCCACUCCCGCAAGUGAGAGAAGAAGAAGAAGAAAGGGAAAAGCCAUCUGCCGAGGAGAAGUGUAACAGCGGUGGGCAGACUUACAACAGCUUCCUGCUGCAGGUCCCCAGCUCCCUCUCCGCUCUCCUCUCCUGGGUCAUCGCGGCUUCCUACAGCAGCCGCUUCAUUCUGGCCGAGGUGGACAGGAUCGAGCACUGCUUCCUGCUCUCUCCGGGAGGGGGCAGCAUCACCAACUGCAUCCCGGACUUCAGCUCCACGUUCUGGCCUCACGAUUACCACCUGCCUCUGAGCACACUGCUGCUCUGUGGGACGUUCCUCCUGUCGUAUGUCAGCUUCCACUACUACGGGACUUACAGCCGGCUGCGUGCGGGGCAACGGAGCGACGAGACGGCCAGCCAGGCGACCUCUAAACACAGAGAGGAGGAGGAGGAGGAAGAGUGGACGGCCGCGCACACAGAUGACUUUACGAAAGCCACGGUGUGCGGUGUCACGAUCUUUUUGUUCCUCCCCGUCCUGGCGGUCAACACGUCCUUGUUCCGGUGCCUCGAGGAUUUCUGUUCCUGGUUCGUGCCCUGCGUCGUGGAAAAGGUGCGUUCUCUGAGAAUCUCGGAUCAGUCAAAAAAUAUCGGGACUAAGUUCAGGGCAGGCAGUGCAGAGAUAUACGUCUGAGAGCCACAGGCAGAGUGGAGCACAUCAAGAUAACAGAGUUCGCAAAGCGGAGGUUUUUAUGCUAGUUAUUUUAGCACGGUUAAUAAUGCCGUCUCUUGUUUUAUGUGACAUUAUAAUGUCGAACUUUCCUUUUUUUUUUUUUUUUUCUUCAAA